AUGGUCGCAAAUCCACGGGACGGCCACCCUGCGCUGGCGCACUGUCUACGCUUUGCCGCGACGACCGUCGGCCGGGAUAAGCUUCUGCGGACAGCGCAGUACUUCUCCCAGUUCUAUAUCUGGCAGCUCUACCGCAGAAAGCACCAGCCGUCCGCAAUCGAUUCUUACAUUGCCCUCUGGACGCAGCUCGGGACCACGCGCAAGAUCUUACGUAUUGGCAACUUCCUGGAGAAUCUCCAGACCCUCGCCCGUGUCCUGAGCAACAAGAACCCGAGUGAACCUGUGUUGAAAUUCCUGGCUAUUGGGGGUCAACUCGGGUUUGGUGGGUAUCUGGUCUUCGACAACAUCACAGCUCUCAAGGCGAUUGGUAUCUACAAGUUGCCGUCGUCGGAGCGCCUAGAAAUUCUGGCGGAUAAAUUCUGGGCUGCUGGUUUGAUUUGUAGCAUCAUGACAGGCAUCUAUACCUUACUGCACUCGCAGUCUCAGCAGAGAACGAAACCCGAGGAGGGCGAGCGAGAAUCCAAUGAUAAGAAGCGUGCCAUGGAGCGAUCCGCUGCCUGGAUUCAACUCAUCUCGGACCUAUGCGACUUGACCGUUCCGGCAAAGGGUUUGGGUGUUCCUGUCCUCGACGAUGGCCUUGUUGGAAUGGCCGGUACCGUGAGUAGUUUGAUAGGUGUCCGGAACCAAUGGAAGAAGACUGCGUAG